GCCGCCCGACGUCACUUCCGACCGGAGCCAAGAUGGCGGUGGCGCGGCCGCGGGCGCCGGGGCGGGCGGAGCGGUGGCGGCGGUUCGGGCGGCGGCUCUCCGCGCUCUGAGGCGCGGGGCGCGGCGGGCGCAGCCAGGGCUCAUGUAAUCAAAGAAGUUUCUUUGUUGUGUGUAUCUUUUCAGAACACAACAGGAAUUGAAAAUGAAUCAGAACGCAGCUGAGCCUGUGGCAGCCACGGAGACCCUGGCCGAGGUACCUGAACAUGUGCUUCGAGGACUUCCGGAGGAAGUGAGGCUUUUCCCAUCUGCUGUUGACAAAACUCGGAUUGGUGUCUGGGCCACUAAACCAAUUUUAAAAGGCAAAAAGUUUGGGCCAUUUGUCGGUGACAAGAAAAAAAGAUCUCAGGUUAAGAAUAAUGUAUACAUGUGGGAGGUCUAUUACCCAAAUUUGGGAUGGAUGUGCAUUGAUGCCACCGAUCCAGAGAAGGGGAACUGGCUGCGCUAUGUGAAUUGGGCUUGCUCAGGAGAAGAGCAAAAUUUAUUUCCACUGGAAAUCAACAGGGCCAUUUACUAUAAAACUUUAAAGCCAAUCGCGCCGGGCGAGGAGCUCCUGGUCUGGUACAAUGGGGAAGACAACCCCGAGAUAGCAGCUGCGAUUGAGGAAGAGCGAGCCAGCACCCGGAGCAAGCGGAGCUCCCCGAAAAGCAGGAAAGGGAAGAAAAAAUCCCAAGAAAGUAAAAACAAAGCAAACAAAACCGAAGACAUACAGCUGAAGACAAGUGAGCCAGAUCCCAGCCCUGCAAAUAUGAGAGAUUCUGCGGAAGGCCCCAAAGACGAAGACGAGAAUCCUUCCGCUUCCACCGCUGAGCAACCAGCCUUCCCUGAGGAGGCGGUCAGCCAGGAUGUGCCUCCGGAGCUCGCCCUCCCUCCCCCUGCCCACGAGCCCCAGACAGGACCAGAUGCGGAGCUGGAAGCAGCGCUCUGUGAGGCGAACGAGGUGGUGGAGGAGGAGGAGGAGGAGGAAGAGGAGGAGCUGGAAGAAGAGGGGGACGAAGCAGCUGAUGUGCCAAAUGAAAGUUCCCUGAGAGAGCUGGAGAUCCGGUGUGACGAGAAGCCCGAGGAUUUGUUAGAAGAACCAAAAACUGUUUCAAAGGAAACUCGCGCAGACUCUGUGGAGGCAUCCCCUGUCAUGAAAACUCCCAGAGCCAGAGAGGAGACCAACGGGGAUGUGUUUGAAACAUUUCUGUUCCCAUGUCAGCACUGCGAGAGGAAGUUCACGACCAAGCAGGGGCUGGAGCGGCACAUGCACAUCCACAUGUCCACGGUCAACCACGCCUUCAAGUGCAAAUACUGCGGGAAGGCCUUCGGCACACAGAUCAACCGGCGGCGCCACGAGCGGCGCCAUGAGGCCGGGCUGAAGCGAAAGCUCGAGGAUCCAGCCGGCAGCAAGGCGCCCAGCGACGGUGCUCCUCCCCAGGACGACGCACAGCCCCCCGGUCUUGGGCAGGACGGUCUGACCUUGAGCUCAGAGAAGGCGUCCCAGGACUCAGUGACUCCUUCCGUUGUAGAAGAGAACGGCGAAGCGAAAGAGCUUCACCCGUGCAAGUACUGUAAGAAGGUUUUCGGCACUCACACGAAUAUGAGACGACAUCAGCGCAGAGUUCACGAGCGGCACCUGAUUCCCAAGGGGGUGCGGCGGAAAGGGGGCCUCCUGGAAGAGCCACAGCCCCCAGCAGAGCAGGCCCCUCCCACCCCGAGUGUCUACGUCCCCAGCACAGAGCCAGAGGAGGAAGGGGAGGCGGACGACGUGUACAUCAUGGAUAUUUCCAGCAAUAUCUCUGAGAAUUUAAAUUACUACAUUGAUGGUAAAAUUCAGACCAGCAGCAGCACCAGUAACUGUGACGUUAUUGAGAUGGAAUCCAAUUCGGCAGACUUGUACGGAAUAAACUGUCUGCUCACUCCAGUCACAGUGGAAAUAACUCAAAACAUAAAGACCACGCAGGUCCCUAUAACUGACGAUCUCCCUAAAGAGCCUUCCAGCAGCACAAACAGUGAAUCCAAGAAACGGAGGACUGCUAGUCCGCCUGUGUUACCCAAAAUUAAAGCCGAGACUGAGUCUGAUCCUGCCACACCUUCCUGUUCCUUGAGUCUGCCUCUCAGCAUAUCAACCACAGAGGCGGUGUCUUUCCACAAAGAGAAAAGCGUGUAUUUGUCAUCAAAGCUCAAACAGCUUCUUCAGACCCAGGAUAAAUUACCUCCUCCUGCAGGGAUUUCAGCCGCUGAGAUACCCAAAUUAGGGCCCGUCUGCGUGUCCGCUCCUGCGUCGAUGCUACCCGUGACCUCAAGCAGGUUUAAGAGGCGAACCAGCUCUCCCCCCAGCUCUCCCCAGCACAGCCCCGCUCUGCGAGACUUUGGAAAACCAGGAGAUGGGAAAGCCGUGUGGACUGAGGCAGUUCUAAGCUCCAAAAAACCCAAAUUAGAGAGUCACAGCAACUCACCAGCAUGGAGUUUGUCUGGGAGAGAUGAAAGAGAAACUGGGAGCCCGCCAGGCUUUGAUGAAUAUAAGGUGUCUAAAGAGUGGGCAGCUAGCUCUACUUUCAGCAAUGUGUGCAACCAGCAGCCACUGGAUUUGUCCAGUGGUGUGAAACAGAAGGCUGAGGGGCCAGGCAAGGCUCCGGUCCAGUGGGAAGCUGUGUUAGAUCUCAGCGUGCAUAAAAAGCCCUGUGGUGACUCUGAAGGCAAGGAAUUCAAAGAAAACCAUGUUCUGCAGCCAUCCUGCAGUGCUGUAAAGAAAAGGAAGCCCACCACCUGCAUGCUGCAGAAGGUCCUUCUCAACGAAUACAACGGCGUCGACCUCCCUGUAGAAAACGCUCCAGAUGCGUCUGGAAGCGCCAGUCCCUGUAAACCUCUAGAUCCAGACCCUGACCGUGGUCUCAACUCCAGCUCGUCUGCCGCUGUUGUCGAGUCUCUUCCUGACAUUUCCUCGUCGUCACCUGCCCUGCAACCAUCUUCCCUCUCUUGUGGGCAGCUGCCGCCUCUCCUGACCCCCACCACCCCCUCCUCCCCUCCACCCUGCCCUCCCGUGUUAACUGUGGCCACCCCGCCCCCUCCACUGCUCCCUACUGUCCCUCUUCCAGCCCCCUCUUCCGGGGUGUCCCCUCACCCAUGUCCCUCUCCACUCUCGAACGCCACCGCACAGUCCCCACUUCCAAUUCUCUCCCCGACAGUGUCUCCCUCGCCGUCCCCCAUUCCUUCCGUGGAGCCCGUUAUGUCCGCUGCUUCACCGGGGCCUCCAACACUCUCCUCAUCUUCCUCCUCCUCUUCCUCCUCUUCUUUCUCAUCUUCCUCCUCCUCCUCUUCCCCUUCGCCACCUCCUCUCUCAGCAGUGUCAUCUGUGGUUUCCUCUGGGGAUAAUCUGGAAACCUCUCUCCCCAUGAUAUCUUUUAAGCAGGAGGAACUAGAGAGUGAAGACCUGAAAGCCAGGGAGGAAGCCCCAUCCACCACUGAGCAGGAGAUCGUCCAGGAGACAUUCAACAGAAACUUUAUCUGCAACGUCUGUGAAUCACCUUUUCUUUCCAUUAAGGAUCUAACCAAACAUUUAUCCAUUCACGCUGAGGAAUGGCCCUUCAAAUGUGAAUUUUGUGUGCAGCUCUUCAAGGUGAAAACUGAUUUGUCAGAACAUCGCUUUAUGCUUCACGGCGUUGGGAAUAUCUUUGUGUGUUCAGUGUGUAAAAAAGAGUUUGCAUUCUUGUGCAAUCUGCAGCAGCACCAGCGAGAUCUCCACCCGGAUAAGGUGUGCACGCACCAUGAGUUUGAAAGCGGCACCCUGAGGCCUCAGAACUUUACGGAUCCCAGCAAGGCCCAUGUCGAGCACAUGCAGAGUUUGCCGGAAGACCCUCUAGAAGCAUCUAAAGAAGAGGAGGAGUUAAACGAUUCUUCCGAAGAGCUUUACACGACCAUCAAAAUAAUGGCUUCCGGAAUAAAGACAAAGGAUCCAGAUGUUCGAUUGGGUCUCAACCAACAUUACCCAAGCUUUAAACCACCCCCAUUUCAGUACCAUCACCGCAGCCCCCUGGGCAUUGGUGUGACGGCCACAAACUUCACUACGCACAACAUCCCACAGACGUUUACCACCGCCAUCCGCUGCACCAAGUGCGGGAAAGGCGUGGACAACAUGCCUGAACUGCACAAACACAUCCUGGCAUGUGCCUCUGCGAGUGACAAGAAGAGGUAUACCCCCAAGAAAAACCCGGUCCCGCUGAAGCAGACUGUGCAACCCAAAAAUGGCGUAGUGGUUCUGGACAACUCUGGGAAAAACGCCUUCAGACGAAUGGGCCAGCCCAAAAGACUGAACUUUAGUGUGGAGCUCAGCAAAAUGUCCUCGAAUAAGCUCAAGUUAAAUGCGUUGAAGAAAAAAAACCAGCUCGUCCAGAAAGCAAUCCUACAGAAAAACAAGUCCGCAAAGCAGAAGGCUGACCUAAAAACCACUCCCGAGUCGUCCUCGCACGUCUGCCCAUACUGCCACAGAGAGUUCACGUACAUCGGGAGCCUGAACAAGCACGCUGCUUUCAGCUGUCCCAAAAAACCUCUUUCUCCUUCCAAAAAAAAACUUUCCCACUCUUCCAAGAAAGGGGGGCACCCAUCACCUGCCGGGAGUGACAGAAACAACAGCAGCAGCCACCGCAGACGGACAGCAGACGCCGAGAUCAAAAUGCAGAGCAUGCAGGCACCUCUGGGCAAGACCAGAGCUCGCAGCUCAGGCCCCUCGCAGGUCCCGCCACCCCCCUCGUCCUUCAGGUCCAAGCAGAACGUUAAAUUCGCCACUUCGGUCAAGUCCAAAAAACCAAGCUCCUCUUUAAGGAACUCGAGCCCCAUACGCAUGGCCAAAAUGACUCACAGCGAGACCAAGAAGCCCAAAGCUGCAGCCAAGAACCAUGCAGCUCCCCUCUCAGGCAAGACGUCGAGGAGCCUGCACGUGCGGGCGCAGAAGAGCAGAGCCGUCUUACAGAGCAAGUCGGCCUUGGCCAGUAAGAAACGGACAGAUAGGUUCAGUGUAAAAUCCAGAGAACGGAGUGGGGGGCCGAUCACCCGAAGCCUGCAGCUGGCAGCUUCUGCCGACCCGAGUGAGAACAGGAAGGAGGACGGGAGUGGCAAGCAGGAGCUGAAGGACCUCAGGGCCAGUUAUGAACUGGAUUUGAAGCCAUGAAAAGCUCCCCAAAGUACCCUACUAUGAAACGGUGAAAUUCUCUCAAACUUCUUUAUAUCUUGGGUGGUAUCCCAAUGUUACUUGUAUUAACUUUACCAUCAUAGAUGUCUUCUUAUGUUCUGAUGUAUUGCGGAGUUCAUUAAAACCAUAUUACAACCUGAUUUAAUAUUUCUGUGACUUAAAGAGUGGUUGUAGCAACUGAGACUACUUUUUAUUACUCAUGCUUUCUUUUAUUGUAUUUUAAUUUUAAAAAUUUGCCUCUUAGUCAAAAUAAAUCAAAGCACGGUACCCUAUUCCUUUUAAAAUGCUGCAUGUCCGUGUCUUCUCCUGUCCCCCCCACCCCCCACUGGCUCAUGUCUCCAAGCAUAGGGUGUUAAACAGCCAGAUUCCCACGGCCAGGGAGGGAUGAGGAGAGAGUGCAUGCUGAGGCCAGACCCUGUGGUUCUUCCAGGUGUGGGUGGGGACCCAGGACAAGUCACCCCACUUGUCAGUGCCUUUGUUUCCCCAGUGUGAUGUCAGAGCUCAUCUUAGAUCCAAGGUGAUUUCUCUGUUUAUUCUGUGUUCUAGGGCAGGAGUUAGGUUUGUUGCGUUGACUUCUUAAACUCUCUACGUUACUUCGCCUGUGAGUGGAGUAUACUUUUGGUAUUCCUGCUGCUUCCUGCAUAAGCCUGCAGGUCCAUCUCUGGUGCAGUUAUUCAUCAUCAGCUAGAAUUUCUGUGAAGUGUUGAGAAAUCCCGUCCUUUCAGAGUGAGCUGUGUGAGUCUAGGCUGUUGGCUGUAACUUUGUGUCUCAGAAUCCUUUGGUAUUUUAAGCGAACAGAAGCAGAGUUAACGGCGGGGGGCGGGGGGCGGGGGGGCGGAGGAUGACUGCUGUCUGGAGAGGUCGCGGGGGCUCGGAGACGCUGUUACCACCACACAGUCGAUGAGGCAGAGUUCUUGGUGCUGGUGCCGUAAGUCAUGGCUGAAGGUGGAGAGAAGGAUCAUUAGCCGAGGGCAGACUGGAAUGAUGGACUGUAGGAAUAAAGGAUCAGAUUUUUUUUGUUAAGCUUCUUCAUAAAAGUUAUGUAGCUCUCACUCAGCAUCUGGUGUCUGACCCUGGCAUGUGCGUAUACAGCAUCUUGGAGCUUAGUCCUGGCGACAGUAAACACCUGUUGAUCAGCUGUCCAGACUGCCUGCCAGUAGCAGCCUCACUAUGUACCUCCUUGUAUUCGGUCUGUGUUCUGGAAGUUCAACAACAACAGGAUAUUCUUGAGCUGUGCUUUCCAAGGUUAAAGAACCCAAAACAUGCUGUCAUUUUCACAGACUGUGCCAAAAAACGUUUCCCAAGUGGUUGAUGCUUAGAAUGUACUCUGUAUUCCUCUUUAUCUCCAAUAGUAUCUGAAAGAGUCACUUAUUUUGUAUUGGAUCACAUUUAUACAGUUCAAAAGUAAAAUUGAUAUGGAAAAAUUAAUAUUGUAGAAAGGAAACCUGAGUGAGGUUCAUCCAGUGGUUUUGAAAGGACCCUUAAAGACUGCAGAGGAACCGAAGUGCCUAAUAAAAUUGUGUCUCUGUUUUUUUGCUGCAGUUAGUUUUAAUUAUUUUGCUUUGUUUGUGAGUUAACAUUGCUGGCAUGAAAUUUGACCUAAGAGGAAACAAGAAUCAGAUAAGAGGUGGGUAAAUUGUUCUGGCUGUGUAUGGUGGCUGCAGGCUUCCGUGGAAGUGGCCACAGCUUUGUGUGAGACACACGAGCUGUGCUGCGGACGCGCCUGAAGGACGCGCCUUUCACAGGGGCCACUUACAAGCGAUCGUAAAGUGUUUGGGGGAAUUACAAAAUGAACGUUCAGUGGGACAUCAUAUUUUGAUUAUCUGGGCAGAAGAGUGGGCGUUGCUUCAGAGAGCUGUGGUCGUUUCGGUACCUUGUAGUGAAGUUGGUGUAACGCCGGGGUGCUCGGCGCAGGCCUGGAGGAUGUAGUGGUCCAUCUGUGUCAGCCCCGGGCCCCUAGCAGAGGCCUGUCCUUCGUUCAUGUUUGUUAGCCUACAUUGGCAGGGAGUUUACUAGACGUCUUUCCUUUUCAGUGUAUUUCUACUUUGAAAUUUUAUUUAGGGGGGAUUUUGUAGUGCAAGUUUGGAAAUACCCGCUUUCAUUCUGUUUUCAGUGUUUUGCUGUACUCUCCCCAUUGCGCAUUCAAGGACUUACCCCGGAACUGGCAGCACACCCUUUUCCUGUGUGUGUUUCAUCAUAACUGUGAUUAAGGGCUGGUCCUCAAUGCACAGGCAUUUUACAUUCAAAUACCGGUUUAGAAUUCCACAGAUUUUCAAGUAUACACUUGCAGUCAGCCGUGAGAACGACGUCAGUUUUCCAUCCCACACUGAGGGCUGAGCAGAAUUUGCCGUUUGGUCAUUUCCUGGAGCACAAGCCAUUGUGCCAUUCAGGGUGUGAAAGAGGCAUGUGCUCCAAAUCCUUUUCUUAGGACAAAGCUGCAGAGGCAUACUCCUCUCUAGAUUCUCCUGUUACAGCUCUUAAUCCAGCACACCCUUUAUUGGGCUCACCUUCACUGGUCGGGACAACCCACUGGUGGCUUGUCAGUGGAACUGCAUUUAGAGCUGUAGCUGAGGGCUCAUUUCCCUGGGCUGUAAGACGAAAAAGACAAGGAAAGAGGUAUAUUUUCUGCUCCCUUCUUAGCCAUCUUUAGUCUUUGUGAGUCCCAAGGCAUUUUUAUGUUCUUCAGUACUGCUUUUAGAGCAACUUUUUUUUUUUUUUUUUUUUUUUUAAAUACUGUGCUCCCAUUGCAGCCAGUUAAGGACAUGUAAAUAAGUGAUGGAGAAGUAAAAUAAAAUUCUAGACCAAGUUUUUCCAUUUACCACGAAAGUGAUUAAAAGAGGAAAACGGUGCUGAUUUCUCACAUCCCAUCUCUGCCACACCACUCCAAGGAGAUCGUCUGUGCCCCUCACAGCACAUCCCUGCACAUCUUCCUAGUCUGGUGUCUGACCUGUUGCUGUUCCUGUUGCUGUCUUCACAUUUGUCCCAUGGUCUCCCUACCUUUUCUUAUACUUGGUCAGUUCAUAGAAGGUUGUGUCAUGUCAUUUAUCUUCAGUUUUCUUAUUUUCUAGGAACUUCCUGUAGAAAAGUCCCCCCAAACAGAACAAACCUUAAUAAUUGACUAAAUAUCUUGCAUGCUCAACGUAGGAUAAGCACUACGGCAAAGGAUACGAAAUCUACCAAGCUUCUGAGACCAGUUGAAGCUGACUCAAAAAUCCUAACACACAGCUGAUUGCCAGCGGGCUUCUUGUUACCAUGGGUAGAAUCAGGCACACACUCCUUCGCUGGCACCCAACCCGCAGGCUGGGCUCGCAGAUGAUUGAGAUGCACAGUGGAGGGCGCUGUGAGACGGGCUGGCUGACCCAGCUCCUGGUCCCCGGGACUGGUAACUCAGACCUGAGUGUGGCCCUAGUUUUUGGCACAUAGCAGAGAAAGGAACGAUUUGAACCUGACCUUGCAAAGCAAGUUCUCUGUUUCAUCAGUAGUCCUGAGUGUAGGUUUCAGGGGUGGCAGAUUGGAUGCACUCGUUUUAUAAUGUUUUGGUCACACACACCAGCUCUUGAUGCCUUUCCUUUAAGUCAGUUGUAGACAGAGGCAUUGAGCUUCUUUCUUAGCCUGUUUUCAUGUUUGUUUGUUGUUUUUUAAUCACAAGCCGAUUGCCAGCAUAAUGGAGAGGAAACCAGAUUGGAUAUGGACUCUUUUCUAUGCCUCUUCCAGUGUCAUGUUUAUAUAUCCAAAUGGACAUGAUCCUCUCAGAUUAUAUCUGGCACUAAUUUGUAACUGUUAUAUUAUUGGAAAUGGUAGCUGUAUGUCAGUGCCCAGGAUACAUUGCAGGCUUGUGCAGAUGUAUGUCUUCACAUAAGUGUAAAUGAAUUUACAUGUCAGGUUUUACACUUCAGUCUCUAAUAGAGAUUUAAAAAGCCCAACAAAUUGGCCUAUUUAUGAGUGUAUAGGUAUCAUUUUUCCAUGGAUUAUCUGCCUUCCCCCUGAUUAAUGAUUGAGUUGGUGGAAAAUGGCUAGGUUUUAUUCAUGUUUUUUUGUUGUUGUUCUCAACUUUAAAAGUAAUCUACCUCUUAAAAUUUGUAGUUUAAUACUUGUUUGGUGAAUUUGUGCCACUUUAACCCUUUCACUAUCAUUCCCAUUUUGUUACAUUUCUGUUAUGGGGACUUUAUGUUGAAAUAUUGUAUAAAGCAUUUGUAGCAGUUUAAAAAUAAAAUAUUUAAAAUUAUUUAAAUUGUUUUGGACGCUUCAAUUGUAUUAUAUGUGAUUUACAUUUUACAUUUUUGUUUGAGUUGUUAAUCUGGAGAGUGUUCUUGUAUUGAAGUUUGCUGUUAGUAAUUUUAUUCUUGUUGGAGAGUGAUAUAAAAGACUAUUCUAAAGAAAACAUUAAAAUUUACAAAAUGACAUACAAAAGGGGUUGUCCUUUGAUUUUAACCAAUGUAGCCUUGAGAGAGAGAGAGGUUAAUAAUUAUAGACAAGAGUGGUGUUUGCUAUGUUUUCCCCUUCCAGCAUGAAAUAAAUCAUUUGAGCUUGUCAAAUGUAUGGAAAAGUUUUUUAUGCUGUUGCUAGCAAGCACUUCAUGACGAGGGGGAAUUCAAAUGAUGCAUUUUAUAUCAUUGUAACCAAUAAAAAACUUUCUGAAAGCUGUGAAA